UGCCCAGCCUGCGCCGCCGGAAGUGAGCGGGGGGGAGAGCGGCGGGGAGGGGUGGGCGCCGCCGGGUGCCGCAGCAUAACCCUUCCGGGCGGGGGCGGCCGCUGCCGGGCGGUUCCCGCGGCUGAGGCGCGGCGGGAUGGAGUGAGGCGCGGCGGACGGCGCGGGAGCAGCAAGGCCUCGCCCUUCUCCUCAGGCGGGCCGGGGCUAUGCGAGGGCUGCGCUGCCGCCUGCCCUAGGCCCGGGCCGCGGCGGCGGGCCCGGCGAGGGAGCGGCGAGCGGCUGCGGGGCCCGAUGCGGGAGUACAAGGUGGUGGUGCUGGGCAGCGGGGGGGUGGGGAAGUCCGCCCUGACAGUGCAGUUCGUCACCGGGACCUUCAUCGAGAAGUACGACCCCACCAUCGAGGACUUCUACCGCAAGGAGAUCGAGGUGGACUCGUCCCCCUCGGUGCUGGAGAUCCUGGACACGGCGGGUACCGAGCAGUUCGCCUCCAUGCGCGAUCUCUACAUCAAGAACGGGCAGGGCUUCAUCCUCGUCUACAGCCUGGUCAACCAGCAGUCCUUCCAGGACAUCAAGCCGAUGAGGGACCAGAUUGUCCGGGUGAAGAGAUACGAGAAAGUUCCUCUGAUCCUAGUGGGGAAUAAAGUGGAUCUGGAGUCGGAGAGGGAGGUCUUAUCUGCAGAAGGCAGAGCCCUGGCUCAGGAGUGGGGCUGUCCCUUCAUGGAGACAUCAGCCAAGAGCAAAACAAUGGUGGAUGAACUGUUUGCUGAGAUCGUCAGGCAAAUGAACUAUGCCUCCCUGCCUGAAAAACAAGAUCAGUGUUGUACAACUUGCAUCGUCCAGUGAGAAAAAUUAAGAAAAACCUCAAUCAUGGCCAUACAGAGCAGAUAAAACUCAGAGGAAACUUGCACAGAUGCUGCUUUGGAGAACUUUCAGCCCAGGUUGCAGAGCUGAGCCUUGGUAAACCUGUCUCUAUUACAGCACAUUGCCAUACAUCUAAGUGCAUAAGGUUGGUGGCCUCCAG